CACUCGUCUCUAUUCUCCCUGAUAUACAAAUAACAUCCACAGUCUCCGGAACACUCGUAACUGGUGCAUUUCGUUUCAGCGAUCCUAUUGUAGAAGAGUUCUUGGAUUUGUGCUUGAAGAUAUCAGCUCUUGGUAACCGAAACGUCUUUGGAAAUGUUCUGGAUUUGAAGAUGAGCUAAGUUUAUUAGAUCGGAUUUGCUGAUAAUAACAAUCUUGGAAUAUCAUCGGAUAUAUUCAUGUAGACCAGUCAGAGAUGUCAAGGGAGUUUACUGAGGACUAUGGGAGGUCCUCCAAUCCUGGACGGUCUCCUCGCCGUGAGGCAUGGAGCCCCACCCCGGAUCAUAUCAGACACCUCGAUGACAAUCUCGUACCUCGACACUCACCAAGGAGAUCAUUUCAUAACGGACGCGUCUCUCCCAUCAAUGACCAAGGGAAUCUAGAGGCGGGAUUACGUGGUGGUACACGGGCAGGAGGUGGAACAGGCCAGACAUGUACGUACGUAGCAUUGGCUGUGAUGACGACAGUGCUCGCCGCAGGAGCAGCGGUCGGUGUCGUCUAUGGGUUAACAGGUUUCAAUUUUGGCAGCUCAUCGCCGGUGAGAUCCACUGCUUUAACCCCGACAAUUUCAUCGUCUCCAGCCACCAUAUCAGCCUCUGCUCUAACAACAAAUGAAGGAGCCACCACACAAUCAGACAGCACUUCAGCUGCAUCUACAACAUUCCAGACUACAACAUUUGUUUCUGCCACGAAUGCGGGAUCAACCGCACAACCUACAAGCUCUACUUCUUCCUCUACAACUCAAGGCACCAUGUCGACCUCUGCACCCGCAACAAAUGCAGCGGGCACGACACAAGCGGACAGCGCUCCAACGACUUUUACAACUAUGCAGAUGACGACUGUUUCUACCACUGAUGCACUAUCAACCGCACAACCUACAAGCUCUACUUCUUCCUCUACAACUCAAGCCACCGUGUCGACCUCUACACCCUCAACAAAUGCAGCGACCAACACACAAGCGGACAGCGCUCCAGCGACCUCUACAACUAUGCAGACGGUUGUUUCUACCACUAAUGCUUUAUCAACCUCACAACCUACAAACUCUGCAAUUUCUUCUACAAAUCAAGCCACCAUGAUAACCUCUGCGCUUGCAACAUUUGCUUCUACAACUAAUGUGGCAACAACCACUCAACCUUCAAGCUCCAUUACACCCUCUACAAAUCAGGCUACAACAUCAGGCCUCACAACGACCCAUGUAUCGACAACUACGUCAUCCGAACUUGUCGGUACCACACUUGAAGAGGUUACAGCCGAGGAAGAGGAGGUUACGAUUGCCUUGACAACUUUAGAUUCUUCUGAGAUGAGUACGACUGAAGGUGCCACACAGACUGGAUCCACUGCGGAUCCAGAAGUGACCAGUAUUGAGAUGACUACAGAAGAAUUGACAGUAACCCCAAAGGACGCAACUACAGCGGACUCUUAAAGUCCCUGUUUACAAACUACGUGAUCUUCACAGCUUCGUUUAUACUUGAAGACCUUGGCCUCGACCAUGGUCAUGGACUCUGAAAGCUUUGAUAUCUAAUGACACCGCCAAAUUCAAUCCUAUAUCCGGUUUUAAAUUAGCCUAUAGCCUUUUUGCGAAAUUUAUUUUAUUGAUGGUAAUAAUAACACAAUGUUUAUAUGCAAGUAUUGUUACAAUUGGUCAUGUAAAUGAUGAUGAUAAUAAUAAUGAUAAUGAGACAAACAGAGGACAUGCACAAAGGUAAAACGAAUAUCAAUUAAUCAAUCAAUCAAAAAAAAUCAAUCAAUGAUUGCAUUAAUUACCAGUUUUUCUUAGGGGUUUUCUGGUCUAAAUUCCUCCGAACACUUUAGCAUCCGACGGGUAUGCAUGCCCUAACUUUUCUUUUAGCAAAAAGAGCUUCCAACGAUAAGAGUACAUCACACCAUUCAUUGGAUUCAUGUGUCCGUCGGCCACUUAAAUUACAUUUCUAUGUUUCUAAUGAUCAAUCACACCUGGAAUGUUAUGCAAGAGUAAAUAUCUUUACGUGACAUUACGACUCCAAGCGGAAGUAUAAAAACGGUACCAAGUUUAAGAUUCGUUUAUAUAUAUUUUUUUAUCUUUUAUACAUGUGUGUGACAAUUUUGCUGUGAAUUUAGUGUGUUUGUUAGAUAACAGAAACUCUCAACAUUAUUAGACCGUUUGUUCUGUUUUUCGGAAUUUAUCUAAGGUAGGCAUGGUAGAUAGAAAUUAUCAAGUCGGACUUGAUGCAUAACCAGAUGUUAUCUGUACAGGUUAAUAUGUUACAUUAAUCGAGAGUGUCAUUUUCCACCAUAUCUAAAGCAAACUCGUAUCGUAUAUGCAACCAAUAUAAGUAUUUAUUAUUUAUUAUCAAGAUUAUCACGAUAACCACAAAAAGAUACCGGUUUCCAUUCUAAGUGAAUAAAUAAUAGAGCCAAUGCAUAGCUCCUGUGAUGCCAAUAUUUCGAGUAAAGAAUAUGAGUCACGACGAGUAGGUGCUCCCUUUUACAGCUUAAAGAAAUAUAUCUUAUAUUUUCUGUUUUAUUCAUGGAAUGAAGCAAGUAAAUUGCUGACGGAGAAAUCACCUCCUGCUUGAAAAUUUAUUAAUGUGUUCUAGUUUAUUUUCUCAACAUAUUAGAAAUAAGGAAAUGCAUAGUACGAUUUCUCACAAUAAAGCCUAGCUCUCAUUAUUGAAAUUCAACAAUAGGCACCAAUGUCUUCAAAAUCAACGACUGCAUCCCUGAGAAAUUGCAUGGUCAGAGCCGAUUUAAAAGUGUUAUUGUUAUUGCAACAGUAUGAAAAAAUAAAAUACAUUUGUAUAUUUCAUUACAAUUCUUAUUUAAACGUAAUUUCCUUUGAUAAAAUGUUUCAUAACGAUAUAGGCACGUUUUUUCUCAAAACAAUUAUUAAACUGAUGAAUAUUCCUAGAUGUCGUCCCCUUGAGAUAUAAGACUUUGGUGAUUUUUUUUCAUCUCUUUAUUGAACUUUCUUGGUAAACUGUCUCAAUGUACAUGUGGGUACACCACAAAGUACUUCCAUUAUAUAGUGGAUAAAAGUUGUAUCAAACUAUGAUGAUUUAAGCAUUCUACAUUCAAGCACCAAGUUUGUAUCAUACAUACUAUAUUUGUUGAAGAAUUUAAUGUUGUUUUUAGAUGUGUAAUACUAGUGGAUAAUAAUUGGGGAAAUAUAACCCCCC